AUGUCUUCCGCCAAUGGUCCAGCGCACCGCAGUGUCGCAAAUAUUCGCUCACCCCCAACCGCACAUCCAGGAAGUCCGCAUACGCCUCUCCGAACGAUCUCCUCAGCAUUCGGGUCACCUUCUGCUUUGCGGGCAGAAGAGGACUAUGUGGUGAUUGAGUUAGGAGCGCGGUAUUUCAGAGCUGGGUUCGCUGGCGAUGCUGUACCAAAAGCUGUGCUGGAUUACGGACCAGAGCAGCGGAGGAGAGCAGGGGAUUAUAGAAAAUGGAACAUGGGAUAUGAGAAAGAUUGGAGGAAGAGGAUACAGGGCAAGGAAUGGGGCGAGGCGUAUGAGCUUUGGAGACCAGAUUUGAGAGGACUGGAUUUGGGUCUGAUUGGGGACAAGGUUGAUAGGGCAUUUCGGGAGGCUUUUACAAAGUAUCUAUUGACUGAUUCACGACCGAGGCGUUUGAUACUGAUUUUGCCAUCUGUACUGCCUCUACCACUUGUUUCUACGGUUCUUGACACCCUCUUUACGAACUACCAGCCUCCAACGGUUUCCUUAAUGUCAGCACCGGCACUUACGACUGUAGCUGCUGGUCUCCGUUCUGCUCUUGUGGUGGAUAUUGGAUGGUCCGAGACGGUUAUAUCGAGCAUCUACGAAUACCGGGAGGUACAAUGUACGCGAUCAGUUCGAGGGACCAAGAUGCUUGGAGAAGAAAUGUUCACGAUGCUUGUUGAGGCGGUGGAUCCCACAUCAUUGCAAGAAAGGGGAGAUGAACGUGGAUUUGGAGAAAAGGCACGUAAUACACUAAGCUUUGAAGAGUGUGAAGAGAUCCUCGUACGGAUGGCAUGGUGCAAGCCCGGAAAGAAGCCCGAGCAACCAGUAGCAUCAUUCGGACUCACACCAGUAAAGGAAGAGGACGAGCUGAGGUCUAGCAUGAGGACUAUGAACAUAAGUGGAGACGAGGCAGCAGAUCCCCAAAUCUCUAUACCCUUGAGGUCGACAAAUCCACGACAGACGCUCAAACUCCCUUUCUCGAAGCUGGCUGAGCCCUGCGAAAUAGCGCUGCUCGGAAAAGGAAACUUGCCUCAGCACCUGGAUGACGAAGAGCUGCCCAUCCACUUACUGGUAUAUCGAAGCCUCCUAAAGCUCCCACUUGAUGUCCGGUCGAUCUGUAUGUCUCGCAUAAUUUUUGUGGGUGGCGGUUCCAAUCUGCCGGGCCUGAAAGCGCGAAUCUUGAAUGAAGUAGCUGCCUUGAUUGAACAACGCGGCUGGGAUAUAGUGCAAGGAAAGGCUGUUGAUCAAUUCCGGAACAACCCAAAACUACAGAGGACACGGAGCAGACAGGCUGAUGAGGGUCCUAUGGAAGUAUUGCGGGAUAGCAAUCUCGUUCCUCCAGGUCUGUUAGAUCAGGAGCCUGAUCCAAUUGAGGAUGAUUUGAGACGGGAAGCAAAGAAGGACCCACCUGUCGUAUCAGGUAACCUACGUGCCAUUGACUCACUGGGAGCUUGGGCAGGUGGUAGCCUUCUUUCGCAAAUGAAGAUACCUGCUGUUUCUAUCAUUGACAGAGACCAGUGGAUUCAGCAGGGGCCUUCAGGGGCAUCGAGGGCUGGUGAGAUCACAGGAACUACUCAACGACAGAGUAUGGGACCAGGUGCUUUUAAAUCUGCAGCUGGUGACAGAUCAAGCUGGACGCUUGGUCUAUGGGGCUGA